AUGGGUAAGAGAGGCGGCAAGAAGUUUGGCAAAGGCGGCCGUGGCGGCGGCGGCGGCGGAGGAGCGCAGCGCCGCGACUGGCAGGACUUUCCCAGGUCGAACGAGCGAUUCGAGAACUAUUACAACUCACAGGAUAUCAUUCCGGAGGAGGAGAGAGAGAUCUUCUGGGAGACGCUGCGUAAGGAUUUGCCGAAUAGUUUCCGGUUUACCGGGUCGAAAGGCCACGCGCUCUCCGUCCAGGAACGGCUCAAGGACUACUACAUCCCCGAAAUCACCUCUAUCCAGUAUGAAGGACAAAACGUCGAGCCUCCCCGCCCCGUGGAAUGGUACCCUGAUCAACUCGCGUGGUCGAUGACGACGCCGAAGCAGGUUAUCCGUCGCUUCGCGCCGUUCGCCUCGUUCCAGAAGUUCCUCGUUGCCGAGACCGAUGUCGGUAACAUCAGCAGACAGGAGGUUGUCAGUAUGAUUCCGCCGCUCUUGAUGGACCUGCGACCCGGCAUGACGUGCCUGGACAUGUGCGCUGCGCCCGGAAGCAAGUCUGCACAGUUGAUGGAGAUGAUUCACACUGGCGAGGAGGAUGCGAUGCUCCAGGUGGCCAAGCAGGUCAAGGAGGGUGGCGCGAGCGCUGAACCUUUCGGGCCGGAGGGCCUUGCGGACGAUGGGCGGACGACGGGUCUGCUUAUCGCGAACGAUAGCGACCAUAAGCGUGCGCAUAUGUUGGUCCACCAGAUGAAGCGACUGAGCUCACCGAACCUUAUUGUUACCAACCACGAUGCUACGAUGUUCCCCUCGAUUAGACUCCCGCCUCUGCCAGCAGCCGAGGGAAAGGUGGCGCCGAAUAGGUAUCUCAAGUUUGACCGCAUUCUCGCUGAUGUGCCUUGCACUGGUGACGGAACAGCUCGGAAGAACGUCGGUGUUUGGAAGGACUGGACUCCCCAGAAUGCGGUUGGUCUGCACGCGGUUCAGGUCCGGAUUCUCGUCCGUGCCCUGCAGAUGCUGAAGGUUGGCGGUCGUGUCGUGUACUCCACAUGCAGUCUCAACCCCAUCGAGAACGAGGCUGUUGUUUCAAGCGCUAUCGAGCGAUGUGGCGGUUUGGACAACGUCAACAUUGUCGACUGCAAGGAUCAACUUCCCGGACUGAAGAGGGCUACCGGAUUGAAAUCAUGGAAGGUGCAGGACCGCGAAAACCGUUUCUGGAGCACCUGGGACGAGGUUGAGAAGCACCGCGCUGAGUCAGGCAUCACUGGCCUCGGCCGCAUCGGGGAAGGCAUGUUCCCGCCGAGCUCUGAUCUGCCCCUCGAGAGGUGCAUGCGCGUUUACCCCCAUAUGCAGGACACUGGCGGUUUCUUCAUCACGGUCCUCGAGAAGAAGUCCGAAAUUCGUGCCAAGCCAGAAGAUUCGACCAAGGUCAUUCCCAAGGGCACUGUUGCCGCUCUCUCCGAGGAGCUCGACAAGAAGAACGGCGAGCCUCUGGAGAAGAUCGAAGCGCUAGAUGACCUGGUGCCCCACGAUGCAGAGGCCGAAUUGGAAAGGCAGAAGAGUGCCUCCGUCGCCGAAGCUACACACCAACUUCCCUACUCUGCUACAAACCAGGUCUCUACCAAGCGGGAUGCAGAGAGCCUAGAAGAUGGCCUUCCGGUCAAGCGUACGAAGCUCGAUAACGGAACCGAAGUCGUGAUUGGAGAUCGCCCCGUCCAUCAACCUCCACCUCUUCAACAAGAGCAAGAAUCUGAAGUCCCAGAGACCUCCGAUGCUACUCCCGCCCCUGGCGCAGAUACCCCACAAGCUUCCGCCCCCGAGCAGGCCAAGCCUCUGAAGCGAAAACCCGGCCAGCCCAUCGAGGAACCCUUCCGAUACAUAGACCCGAACCACGAGGAACUUGAGCCGAUCUACAAGUAUUUUGAGCUUUCCGACCGCUUCCCGCGCGAUCGAUUCAUGGUCCGCAACGCUGACGCAACCCCCACAAGAACCGUCUACUACACGAGCGCUCUCGCCCGCGACAUCCUUGUCGCCAACCAGGGCCACGGCCUCAAGUUCGUGCACUGCGGUGUCAAGAUGUUUGUGAAGCAGGACGCACAGCGCCCAGAUGUUUGCCGGUGGCGCAUCCAGACUGACGGCCUGCGGCUCGUCGAACCCUGGCUGGGCCCCGCUAGAGCGGUUACCCUCACGCAAAAGGAGACGUUCCACAAGCUUCUCGUGGAAAUGUUCCCCAAGGUCGACGACGGCGGCUGGCAGAAACUUGGAGAGAUUGGCGAGCGUGUGCGCGACAUCCCCAUGGGUUGCAGUAUCCUCUACGUCAACUCUGAAGGCGAGAACAAGUUCAGUGAACGAAUGGUCCUUCCCCUCUGGCGCUCCCUCCACUCAAUCAACCUCAUGCUCCCCAAAGAAGACCGCCGCGCCAUGCUCCUCCGCAUCUUCAACGACAGCACACCCGUCGUGAAUACAACGCAGAAGCGCGCCGCUGCGGCAACCAACACAUCUACUGCAGCGGUUGAGGCUAUCGCCACGGAAGAAGAGGCGAUCAAGGAGGAGAAUGUCGUUAUCGGCCAGGACGAGCAGGAUCACAUGGACACGAGGGAGACGUACACGCAGGCGAACGAGGAGGAGGAUCGGUUUAACACGACUGUAUAA